AUGGCCGACGUCGACAUGACUGAUGCACCCCCCGUGACUAAGAAGAAGGGCGGUGAUGUUGAGACCAAGAAGCGCUUCGAGGUUAAGAAGUGGAACGCCGUCGCCCUCUGGGCUUGGGACAUUGUCGUCGACAACUGUGCCAUCUGCCGCAACCACAUCAUGGAUCUGUGCAUCGAGUGUCAAGCGAACCAGGCCUCCGCUACUAGCGAGGAGUGCACAGUUGCCUGGGGCAUUUGCAACCAUGCUUUCCAUUUCCACUGCAUCUCUCGAUGGCUGAAGACGCGUCAAGUGUGCCCUCUGGACAACAGGGACUGGGAGUUCCAGAAGUACGGUCGGUGA